AUGGACUCGAUACCAGUCACUAACAAGGCUCUCGGAGAGCCCGUCCACCUCAAGGACAAACUUCUCGAGACCGGAGCGGCUUUAACACAGGAUUUUCGACCCGUCAAGCAGAUCUGCGCCCAUCUCAAUGCCUUCCACGCCUAUGCCAAAGAACCCGGCCGCUGUGUCGAAGCCAACCACUACUGCUCGCAUCUCAACCAAGACGUCCGCCAAUGCAUCCUCUACGAUAGCCCCGAACCCAAUGCGCGCCUGAUCGGCAUCGAGUACAUGAUCACGCCGAAGCUCUACGAAACCCUCGACAGCACCGAGCGCAAGCUGUGGCACUCGCACGUCUUCGAAGCCAAGUCCGGCAUGCUGAUCAUGCCGCAACCCACCUUCGUUCCCAACAGCGUCUGGGAAGUGGCGGAGAACACGGAGAUGGAACAGGUGGUAACGCUGUACGGCAAGAUCUAUCAUCUCUGGCAAGUGGACCGUGGGGAUAAGCUGCCGCUGGGAGAGCCGCAGCUCAUGACGAGCUAUACAGCCGAAAACCAGUUUGAUUUUGAGAAGAUGGUUGGGGAGAGGGAUAAGAGGUUUGGGAGUGAUUGGAAGAGGAAGAGGGAGGUCAGAAGUUAUAUCGAGGAGCCGGAUAUUCACCCGGACGCGGAUUGGGCGUGGAAGGAAAAGGAGGGGAAGGGGAGUAGUGAGAAGAAGGGGCAAUAUGGUGAUGCGGUAGCGGAUGGUGCGCAGGUAUUAGCUGGCAAGUAG